AUGUUCAAAUCCUUCUUCCUUGCCUCCCUGGGGCUCGGACUGCUUGCCGCCGCAACAGAAAAUGCAACUUCGCGCCCCAAAUCCUUCGACUGCGGCACUGACACUCAACACGCUGAUAACCACUUUUUGGAUACCCUCAAAGGUCUGCAUGAAGGCAAUAAUGGUGGCAGUCCAGCCCAGCGGGCUAAGCGCAACGAACUUCUCGCCCGCGCAAAAGACAAUAGCACCGCCAUCACUGUCGAUGCCGUCUUCCACAUCGUGGCCAAAAAGGACAAGAAGAACGACAUCUCAAACGACAUGCCUCAAGCCCAAGUCGACGCUCUCAACAAAGCUUACAAAGACUACGGUAUCUCAUUCAACCUGAUCAACGUCACGUGGACCCAAAACGACAAGUGGGCUGUUGGCGAACCGAACGACGACGCUGAGAUGAAAAAAGCACUACGCCAGGGCACUUACCGCACCCUCAACCUGUACUUUCAGACAGACCUCAGUGGCGGCGUCCUCGGGCGAUGCAGUCUCCCUUCCAACGUGGCGAACGGUAAAUCCGACCCUACCGUCUACUGGAACGACGGGUGCAAUGUCAACGCAAACACCAUGCCUGACGGCAAUAUGGACGGGUACGACUCCGGUAUGACCGCCGUCCACGAGACAGGCCACUGGAUGGGCCUCCUGCACACUUUCGAGGGCUACUCGUGCGAUGGACCUGGCGACUACAUCGACGACACGCCGUAUGAAAAGGAAAGCACGGAUGGGUGUCCAACGUCCCCAAAGAAGCAGACAUGCCCGAACCAGAAGGGAGAUGAUACCUACGACCCGAUUCACAACUACAUGGACUACAGCACGGAUUCUUGCUACCAGGGGUUCACGCAGUUGCAGAAGGAAAGAAUGCAUUACAUGUACAACCUGUACCGCGAUGGAAACUGA